AGCAAAGGGGCCCCCGCAGGGAGAAGUAACGACCAUCCGCAGAAUCCUCCCCCGGGCGGGAAGCGGCGGCGCGGGCAGUCGGGUUCCCGAGCACAAUCGGACGCCAGCGCGCAGCUCGCCCCCGGGCCCCCGCCGAGAGGGAAGGAGGGAGGGAGGCGGGAGGCGGGAGCGAGAGGUGGAGGGCGGUCAGGGUUCCGGGGCCCGCCCCGCCCUCGCGCUCGCCGCCGACUCGGCGCUGCGGGCUGGAGCGGGCGGCCGGGCGGCUGCCUGUCCAGGCCGGGGCUGGCCGCGCCUCGCGUCGCCGUGCAGUGCGCCGGGUCUCCGGGAGAUGGCUUCUCCGCUCCCGCCCGCUGCUCCCGCUAUUGUCUCGCCCGGGGUGGCCUGACUCUGCGGGCUCGCGCACGCUCGUGGUCCGGAGGGCUUCCCCCGCGCCCCCCGGAGCCGGUCCCGCGUCCUCCGCUGCCUCCCCGCCAGCCCCCGGCUCCCUCCUCCCCCCUCCCCCCCCCCUCCACCCGGGCCGGCGCUCGUGGCUCGCGGAGAGGGGAGCGGCGCGCGCGGGCGCGGGGACGCCUGGAGCUGCGGGGCCGGCAGCCCACGUCGCCGAGCACGCGACACGUCGGGUCUCGCAGGGAAGCCCGCAGCGAGAACAGACUCUGAUGGGUUAGCUCCGCCCAGCAUGCCCAGCAUGUGAGGACUUGGGGCAGCAGCACGGAGCAGUGAGGUGGCCCCACACUGCCUCUCCUCUUCCCUCCGGUGCCGAGACACCAUGCCAGAACCCUGCAGCCCUGACACUGGCAGGAAGUAGAAGGCUUCCUUGUCUCCUCGGUCACCUAUCCUCACCAUGUCUUCGACUCAGGGCAAUGGGGAACACUGGAAGUCCCUGGAGUCGGUGGGCAUCAGCCGCAAAGAGCUGGCCAUGGCCGAAGCCCUGCAGAUGGAGUAUGAUGCACUGUCCCAGCUCCGGCACGACAAGGAGGAGAACAGAGCCAAGCAGAGCACAGACCCCACUCUCAUCAGCUGGGACGAGCCCGUCCUAGACUUCUACAGCAAGCCGGCGGGGAGGCAGAAGGACCUUAAGCUCUUACGCGGUCUUUCUGGCUCUGAUCCUACCCUCAAUUACAACUCGCUGUCCCCACAGGAAGGGUUAUCCAACCACUCUACCUCCCAGGGCUCCCAGCCUGGCCCAGAUCCCUGGCCCAAAGGCUCUCUGGCUGGAGACUAUCUCUAUAUUUUUGAUGGUUCAGAUGAAGGGCUUUCUUUGUCCCCAGGACCAGGAGAUAUAGAUGGCUCCUCCAAGAAACUGUCCCCACCUCCUUUGCCACCCCGAGUCUCUAUCUGGGACACCCCUCCUUUGCCUCCCCGAAAGGGGUCUCCCUCAUCCUCCAAGAUCUCCCAGCCCAAUGACGUCAACACUUUUUCUUCGGUCGAGCACCCUCCAGGCAAACUGCUAGGGCGUCGCAUCCUAGAAGAGGACGAGGAGCUGGGGGGUGGGGGUCCGGGGCGCCUCCUGGGGCCUGUGGACUAUGACGGGAUCAAUGAUGCGAUUACACGGCUCAACCUGAAGUCAACCUACGAUGCAGAAAUGUUGCGUGACACCACCAGGGGCUGGAAGGAGGGCCGGGGGCCCCUGGACUUCGGCAAGGACACUCCCGGAAAACCCGUGGCCCGGAGCAAGACCAUGCCCCCUCAGGUGCCGCCCCGAACCUAUGCCUCCCGCUAUGCCAACCGAAAAAAUACGACACCUGGCAAGAACCGCCGGAUUUCCGCUGCUCCGGUGGGCUCCCGGCCCCAUGCUGUCACCAAUGGCCAUGAGUUGUUUGAGGUCUCAGAGGAGAGAGAUGAGGAAGUUGCUGCGUUUUGCCACAUGCUGGAUAUCCUUCGAUCUGGCUCUGACAUCCAAGACUACUCCCUCACCGGAUAUGUCUGGAGUGCUGUCACCCCCAGCCCCGAGCACCUUGGGGAUGAGGUCAACCUGAAGGUGACCGUGUUGUGUGACAGCCUACGGGAGCCACUCACUUUUACCUGCAACUGUUCUUCCACGGUAGACUUGCUCAUCCACCAGACCCUGUGCUACACCCAUGAUGAACUGAGAGAUGUGGACGUGGGGGACUUUGUGCUGAAGCCCUGUGGGCUGGAGGAGUUCCUGCAGAACAAGCAUGCCCUGGGCAGCCAUGAGUACAUUCAGUACUGCCGCAAGUUUGACAUCGACAUUCGACUACAGCUGAUGGAGCAGAAAGCUGUACGCAGUGACCUGGCCCGGACGGUGAAUGAUGACCAGAGCCCCUCCACCUUGAACUACCUCGUCCAUCUGCAAGAGAGGCCAGUCAAACAGACCAUCAGCAGGCAGGCCCUGAGUCUUCUGUUCGACACAUACCACAACGAAGUUGAUGCUUUCCUGCUGGCUGAUGGGGACUUCCCACUGAAGGCCGACAGGGUGGUCCAGUCCGUCAAGGCCAUCUGCAACGCCCUAGCCGCCGUAGAGACCCCUGAGAUCACCAACGCCCUCAACCAGCUGCCCCCCUGCCCCUCCCGCAUGCAGCCAAAAAUUCAGAAGGAUCCCAGUGUCUUGGCUGUGAGGGAAAACCGAGAGAAGGUCGUGGAAGCUCUAACAGCUGCCAUCUUGGAUCUGGUGGAGCUAUACUGCAGCACUUUCAAUGCCGACUUCCAGACAGCCGUGCCCGGGAGCCGCAAGCACGAUCUGGUCCAGGAGGCCUGCCACUUCACCGGGCCCCUGGCCUUCACCGUCUAUGCCACCCACCGCAUCCCCAUCACCUGGGCCACCAGCUAUGAAGAUUUCUACCUCUCCUGCUCCCUCAGCCAUGGCGGGAGGGAACUGUGCAGCCCCCUGCACACGCGAAGGGCUCACUUCUCCAAGUACCUCUUCCACCUCAUCAUCUGGGACCAGCAGAUCUGCUUCCCUGUGCAGGUGAACCGGCUGCCUCGGGAGACCCUGCUGUGUGCCACGCUCUAUGCUCUGCCCAUCCCCCUGCCUGGGAGCUCCUCUGAGGCCAAUAAGCAGCGGCGUGUGCCCGAAGCCCUGGGCUGGGUCACUACCCCACUCUUCAAUUUCAGGCAAGUCCUGACCUGUGGUCGGAAGCUUCUGGGCUUAUGGCCAGCAACACAGGAAAACCCCAGUGCCCGUUGGAGCGCGCCUAAUUUCCACCAGCCAGAUAGCGUCAUCCUGCAGAUUGACUUCCCCACCUCAGCCUUCGACAUCAAGUUCACCAGCCCCCCUGGAGACAAGUUCAGCCCCCGCUAUGAGUUUGGCAGCCUCCGGGAGGAAGACCAGCGUGUGCUUAAGAACAUCAUGCAGAAGGAGUCCUUGUACUGGCUCACUGAUGCUGACAAGAAGCGCCUGUGGGAGAAGCGAUACUAUUGCCACUCGGAGGUGAGCUCACUCCCCCUGGUGCUCGCCAGCGCCCCCAGCUGGGAGUGGGCUUGCCUGCCCGACAUCUAUGCUCUCCUGAAGCAGUGGACCCACAUGAACCACCAGGAUGCCCUGGGGCUCCUGCAUGCCACCUUCCCGGACCAGGAGGUGCGUCGUAUGGCCGUCCAGUGGAUCGGCUCGCUGUCGGAUGCUGAACUCCUCGACUACUUGCCGCAGCUCGUGCAGGCCCUGAAGUAUGAGUGCUACCUGGACAGCCCCUUGGUGCGAUUCCUCCUGAAACGAGCCGUCUCGGACUUGAGAGUGACCCAUUACUUCUUCUGGUUGCUGAAGGAUGGCCUCAAGGACUCUCAGUUCAGCAUCCGCUACCAAUAUCUGCUGGCAGCCUUGUUGUGCUGCUGUGGCAAGGGUCUGAGAGAGGAAUUUAACCGCCAGUGCUGGCUUGUCAACACCCUGGCUAAGCUGGCCCAGCAGGUCCGAGAGGCUGCCCCGUCUGCACGGCAGGGGAUCCUCCGCACGGGCCUGGAGGAGGUGAGGCAGUUCUUUGCCCUCAACGGCUCCUGCCGCCUGCCACUCAGCCCUAGUCUGCUGGUUAAGGGCAUCGUGCCCAGGGACUGUUCCUACUUCAACUCCAACGCCGUCCCCCUCAAGCUCUCCUUCCAAAACGUGGAUCCCCUGGGUGAGAACAUCCGUGUCAUCUUCAAGUGCGGGGACGACCUUCGCCAGGACAUGCUAACCCUGCAGAUGAUUCGCAUCAUGAGCAAGAUCUGGGUCCAAGAGGGGCUGGAUAUGCGCAUGGUCAUUUUCCGCUGCUUCUCCACUGGCCGGGGGAGAGGGAUGGUGGAGAUGAUCCCCAAUGCUGAGACGCUGCGCAAGAUCCAGGUGGAGCACGGGGUGACCGGUUCCUUCAAGGACCGGCCCCUGGCAGACUGGCUGCAGAAACACAACCCCGGGGAGGACGAGUAUGAGAAGGCUGUGGAGAACUUCAUCUACUCCUGUGCUGGCUGCUGCGUGGCCACGUACGUCUUGGGCAUCUGUGACCGGCACAAUGACAAUAUCAUGCUGAAGACCACGGGCCACAUGUUCCACAUAGAUUUUGGCCGCUUCCUGGGCCAUGCACAGAUGUUUGGCAACAUCAAGCGGGACCGUGCCCCCUUUGUCUUCACCUCGGAUAUGGCGUAUGUCAUCAACGGGGGUGACAAGCCUUCCAGCCGCUUCCAUGAUUUUGUUGACCUUUGCUGCCAAGCCUACAACCUCAUUCGCAAGCACACCCACCUCUUCCUCAACCUUCUGGGCCUGAUGUUGUCCUGUGGGAUCCCCGAGCUCUCAGACCUGGAGGACCUCAAAUAUGUGUAUGAUGCUCUGAGGCCUCAGGACACAGAGGCCAACGCUACUACCUACUUCACUAGGUUGAUUGAGUCCAGCCUGGGCAGUGUAGCCACAAAGCUCAAUUUCUUCAUCCAUAAUCUGGCUCAGAUGAAAUUCACAGGCUCAGACGACCGGCUGACCCUUUCCUUUGCCCCCCGAACACACACGCUCAAGAGCUCUGGCCGCAUCAGUGAUGUUUUCCUCUGCCGCCACGAGAAGAUUUUCCACCCCAACAAGGGCUAUGUUUAUGUGGUGAAGGUGAUGCGAGAGAAUGCUCACGAGGCCACUUACAUCCAACGGACGUUUGAAGAGUUCCAGGAAUUACACAAUAAGCUGCGGCUGCUCUUUCCUUCUUCCCUCUUGCCCAGCUUCCCUAGUCGCUUCGUGAUUGGCCGCUCGAGGGGAGAGGCGGUGGCCGAGCGGCGGAGGGAGGAGUUAAACCGCUACAUCUGGCACUUGACCCACGCAGCCCCCGAGGUGGCCGAGUGUGAUUUGGUAUACACCUUUUUCCACCCCCUGCCCCGAGAUGACAAGGCUACGGGCACCAGCCCAGCUCCUAAGUCCUCAGACGGCUCAUGGGCCCGGCCCGUUGGGAAGGUGGGAGGCGAGGUGAAGUUGUCCAUCUCCUACAAAAACAAUAAACUCUUCAUCAUGGUGAUGCAUAUUCGGGGUUUGCAACUGCUGCAGGAUGGAAAUGACCCAGACCCCUACGUGAAGAUUUACCUCCUUCCUGACCCUCAGAAAACCACUAAGAAGAAAACCAAAGUGGCCCGGAAAACCUGCAACCCCACCUACAAUGAGAUGCUGGUGUAUGACGGGAUCCCCAAGGGAGACCUACAGCAGCGGGAGCUGCAGCUGAGUGUGCUGAGCGAGCAAGGAUUCUGGGAGAAUGUUCUCCUCGGGGAGGUGCACAUCCGCCUUCGAGAGCUGGACCUGGCCCAGGAGAAGACUGGCUGGUUCGCACUGGGAUCUCGAAGUCAUGAGACCUUGUGAGCCCAGCAGAGCCCGCCCCAUCCCCCCCACCAACCCCCCCGCCCAGGACCCCAGGCGGCUGGGGGUGCCGGGGGAGACGACUCUCCCCUGCUCCAUGUGCCCUUUCCUUGUGAAGGGGCAGAGCCCUUGGCGGGCCUCCCCUCUGUCCGGGUGGCUCGGGCCCCUGUGACGGGAGGCGGGCAGAGUAAGAUGCUGUCUGCUGUCCCCUCCUCUGCCCGGCGGCAUUUGGGUUGGCUGUGCUGAGCGGCUGUGAGGCUGCCGCGAAGUUUUAAGGUUACCUUGUGUCAAGGGAGCAACGCCUGGUUGGGGGUGAGUGGGGCGGGCUGAAUGAAGUAGUGUUUUGAGGGAGGGUGGGUGGAUAUCUUCAUUUUUAUUUUUAAAAAAUGAAAUAGUAAUGUUGUCCUGACUGGACAGGAAGCCUCGUGAGAAGGGACUUGCAUAUGCCUUGGAAGGCAAAAGAGGAAGACGUCGGACUUUUUGUACGAUUAAGGUUCUUACUGGACUUUCCCCUAGGGUUUUGUUUGUUCGCUUGUUUGUUUCUCAUCGGUGUUUUUCUAUCCAUAGGAAUUAUUUGGGGAGGGGCCCAGUGGGUCCUGGGUGAGAGCCCUCCCUCUCUAAGGGCAGGCCGGGGAGGGGCGGGGAGGGUCUGGUGUGCUAGACUGAGGCCUGCUGUGGGCCUUUCUGAUUGUGCCUCCAAAGGAGAGUGGUGUGAUACCUACGGGUGUAAGGGAGGGCCUUCCGAACGGGACCCUGCCGAGGACCUGUGUUCAGGGACCUGACCUCUUUCAGGGGGAGUUUUUCCUUCCGUCUUCCCCGACUGUGCCAGGACGUGCCCUGGAUACGGUCUUCUACCCCUCCAUUCUCACGACCCCUCUGGGGACCAUCUGGUCCCUGAGAGUAUGCUGGGGGUGCUUCUCCACACGUCUCUCUCCCUUCCUUUUUCCCUGGUGGGAUAAAGUGCUGCGUCAGUCCUCAGAUUUGGUCCCCCCACCCCACCCCGCCCAAGGACACCCUGGCCCUGGGAAGGAGACGCUAGGCCGCAGGUGCCAGUGUGGCCCCAUCACCUGCCACACCCCCCCUUUUUUGUGUGCUGCUUUUCCCAAACUCCACAUCUGUCACAUUUUUUUUUUUUUAAUAAGAAUCUCCCUCAUUUUUUGGGGCCAUAAACUUAUUUAGUCUGGAGCCAAAGGGAUGCCCUAAGCGGAGGAAAAGGGGCGUGGGGUGGGGGACUCCAGUGAUGUUCUUUGGUGGCGAGAAGGCUGGAUCGGAGGGGGGGUGAUUGAUCCCCGGGAGCUGAGCUAGGAGCGAGAGACUGGGUCUCUUGUCUCUUACACUUUUUAUUCCCUACCUGGUGGAUUUCGGAUUCACUCUUGUGCUUUACUCCAAAGGGUUGUAUCCUUUGGGGAAAAAACAAAAAAAAGGGAGAGACUUUGAAUUUGAUAUAUUUAAACCGGAAUUGGCUGGAUGUACCCCAGGGUUGGGGCAUGGAGGGAAUCGAGGAGACUCUGAACUAUCCCUCCCCAGCUUCCUUCUCAGCUCCAAGGAUCAGAAAUUCCCCCGUUUGCUGACUCAUUCCAUAACCAGAGAAAGAAGCUCCGUUCACUGAAGCCACAGGGUAGCAAGGAAAUGUAAACUUUUCUUUUAGGUUAAAAAUGUCAAGGAUAAGGUGGCCACUGUGGGGGAGGGGCUGGGGGAAGUGGGGAACAGGGGCAGAACUCCUCCAGGUGAAUGGACCAUAGAUGCGUUACUGGCUUUUGGCCUGUAGCUCAUUUUAUUUUGACCCUCUCUGCCCCUGAUUGAAAGAGGUCUGUGUACUGUAUCCACUUCCCUUGUAUCUGCUACUUUCUCUGGAACUGUAUUUUCUAAUAAAUGACAUUUGAGAAAAACAAAA